AUGUCGCACCAAGACCUGCUUCGUGCACUUCGAGACCGGCGUGCAGACAGGAGCGCGGAGAACGACGAGAGCAACGGCGUGUUGGUGGGCGUGAAGGACUCGGCAAAACGUUUUAUUAAAGAUUAUUUCGAGGGGGCGAGCGAGCCGGUGGCGUUUGCGCGAGCGGAGGCUGUCGCCAAAAGGUUCGAGGAAAUGAUUUACCAGACCAUGUACCGCCUUUCGCGCGUCACUGUCAAGUUGCAGCAUAUUCUCGAGCAGUCACCGCAUCUGCUGACAUCGGUGGGCGGUGCUCAGGAGGACUUCUGCCCUUGGCAUCUGGAGGCUUCGGUCGCGCAGACCCGGGCCCUUCGUAGGCAAAAUGUUGCGCGGCAGACCCGCGUUCUUGAGGAGCAUGACGCGGAAGACCUCCCUGGACACCACCGGGCUGGCGAAGCCGAGGUCCGGGGGGAGGGUUUUGCGCCCACGGGGUGCGAACCAGCGGAAUUGCGAGCCCGUGCGGCGGAAACAAAGCCAGAACUUGUAAUCGAAGAGCUGCCGGCAGGAAUCACGGCGGAACAGGCGAAACAACAACGAAGUAAAGCGAAUCGCCGAUACGUUACGCGAAAUAAAAACGAGUCCUCUACUGACUAAGUACUUGCAGACAAGCAUGCUCGUGUAGACUCAGUGUAUAAAAGUCGCCGACGUACAAACGGCGUUAGCUGAGGUUGUCGGGAUGCAAGGAUCAUUUCAUUUAUUAUUUGCAGAUAUGUGUCACUACCUGUAGCAGGUUUCAGAAACUCCUGCUGCAGCAUGCGCGCAGAAGUUCUAGGUGGAAAAUUGGACAGGUAAAGGUAGCAACACAAAGUACAAGCACUCGCGAGAUGCAAAAGCGUCAUAAUCCGACCUUUGGCGCUGCGAGUGCGAUUGUGAAAGAGCACUCAUUUCCUUUGCAUAAGCGUGUAUCCGUACUAUGCUUUGACUGCCGCCGACUGGGAUCGAGUGGCGGAGGCUUUGUACCUGAGGUUUACAACCAAUUAUUCGCAGCGAGAAAAGGACAUACUGCUGCCCAACUUGCGGAUGAUUCACGCAUGGUUUUUGGAGCUGAAGGUAUCGGAAGCGAUUGUGCGGCGCUUUCCUUCAAAGAGCACGCGCCGUACGGCACCCUAUCAAGCUGCAGCUACGGAAGAAAGAUGGCUUUUCAAUUGCGGUGUGUGAUUAAGUACUUACGUUGAUUUUUGUAAAACACGCGUCGAAAUGGAGCUAAUUUGGCUGAAGCGAAUCAGGGGCAGCUAACAACGGACAAUGAAGGCGUUGCUUUUUGCUCUCUGACACUACGUGCAUUCGAAGAAGAUGAGUUCCCGCAACUUGGCCUGUCAGCCAUUAUUUUUGUAGAAACAUAGCUGCGGUGUGAAUGUGAUGCAAGCUGGCGUUUUUACCUCAUUUGAAAAGUCAUUUUUUUACCUGCAUAGCGGUAAGGGUUCCGAUGGCAACCGAGCAGGUGAAGAAUGAUCUCCGGACUCUGUACGGCCAGGAGGUGUCGCAGCAGGAAGAGGCUGCCCUGAAAGCGGAACUACUGAAAAGCGUGCUACUCUUAUCGGACCUGUUUCAGCCGUGGCGGGUCCCCAUGCUCGUCGUCUCGGAAACGAACGACGCUGUGAACCACGUGGGCACACAGCUCCUGCACGAAGGCUUGAACGUUUUGCGGCACGGGUUCGCAGGCAAGGCGGACCUACAGUACGGCAAGAGUGGGCACCAGCUGCAGGGCCACACGAUCGACUUAAUGCGGACGAAGUUCAAGCACGAACUGGCCAAGGACGAGGUACGGGCGGCAGCCCUCGCCGAGGACGACGGCACCUCGGGCGGGGGAGCAGGAGACGCGGCGGUCACCAACCGCUUUCUGCUGGACUGGGGCGAGCUGGCGCUCCACCGGCUCCGGAAAACGCUUUUUUACGGGGCCGGCAAGCAGGAGCAGAGCGUCACCUUCCUACCGACCAAGGGCGCCGACGCUGCGAACUUUAAGCACCCGAUUCUGAUCCAACGGGAUCACCCGAACGGGGAGGCGCUCAUGGAAUAUCUCCGCGACACGGAGUUUUCGAUCACCGCGCUUCUCCGGGCGGGCGGCAUUCUGCACGGCGACGGCGCGGGAGGCGG